ACUCCACGGCCAUCAGACAUCAGCAGACUCGAGCAGUAGCAGCGCCGGCGCAGGUCACCCCCAACCCCCGCGAGAACCGCGGAGCGGCGGGACUCGCUCUGCUCGCGUGGGCGCGCGCUGAAGUAAGCACACGGAUAGGAUCGGGAGGGAGGCCGGAAGAGCAACGCCGCGUUCUCACUUCUCCCUCGCUCGCGCCCCAACGGCUCUUCCUCCGCUUCGCCGUGAAGCUCAACCGUCUUCCCCGCCGCCGGCCGUCAUUUCCUUCUUGGCUUCCUGGAAAGAAUCAGAGAAGAGCCUCUUUGGCUUAACUUCAAGGAAUUGAAAUAUUGGAAAUUGCGAUGUUGGGGAUAUGACAAGUUGUUGCUGAUUUUCUCUGAGGGAUGGCAAAGUUUGGAGGUGCCCUCUGUGCAGUUAUCCUCGUUGUGCUGCUCCCCUGCUUGGAUGUUGCAUUGGGACAGAGUACUGACCCUUCGGAGGUCAAUGCGCUCAGGGCUAUCAAGGGAAGGUUAGUUGAUCCAAUGAAUAACCUUAAGAAUUGGAAUAGGGGAGAUCCGUGCAGAUCAAAUUGGACAGGGGUCUUCUGCCACAAAGUGAAUGAUGAUGCAUUUCUUCAUGUAACAGAAUUACAGUUGUUCAAGAGGAAUCUCUCAGGUACUUUGGCACCAGAGGUCAGUCUUUUAUCUCAGCUGAAAACACUGGAUUUUAUGUGGAACAACUUAACUGGUAGCAUCCCAAAGGAGAUAGGGAAUAUUACUACACUUAAACUUAUACUUUUGAAUGGCAAUCAGCUCUCCGGUAUUUUGCCAGAUGAGAUCGGCAACCUUCAAAACUUAAACAGAUUACAGGUUGACCAAAACCAAUUAUUCGGCCCCAUACCUAAAUCAUUUGCCAAUUUAAGAAGUGUGAAACAUAUUCAUAUGAACAAUAAUUCAUUAAGUGGGAGCAUCCCAUCCGAACUGUCCAGAUUGCCUCUACUUCUUCACCUGCUUGUUGACAAUAACAAUCUAUCUGGACCUCUUCCUCCAGAAUUUGCAGAAGCACCUGCUUUGAAAAUAUUUCAGGCUGAUAACAAUAACUUCAGUGGAAGUUCCAUCCCUACUACAUAUAGCAACAUAUCCACACUACUAAAGCUGAGUCUUAGGAACUGCAGCUUGCAAGGAGCUAUUCCUGAUCUGAGUAGCAUACCUCAACUUGGUUAUCUGGAUAUUAGCUGGAACCAGCUGACAGGACCUAUACCAACCAAUAAGCUUGCUUCAAACAUCACUACAAUUGAUUUGUCUCACAACAUGCUCAAUGGAACUAUCCAGCAGAACUUCUCAGGGCUUCCCAAUCUUCAGAUAUUAUCACUCGAAGAUAAUAAUCUAGAUGGUUCUGUUCCCUCAACAAUCUGGAAUGGCGUCACUCUUACUGGAAAUAGAAGCCUUGUUCUGGAUUUUCAAAACAAUUCCCUCAAGAAAAUUCCAGCUACAUUUGAUCCUCCCCCAAAUGUCACUGUCAUGCUAUAUGGAAACCCUGUAUGUGGGAACACUAAUGGAGCUCUUAUAACCAACCUGUGCCAACCCAUGUCAGUAUACCAGCACACAUUGAAAAAAGAACAAGGCUCUACCUUUAGUUGUCAACCUUGUCCAGCAGAUAAAAAUUACGAGUACAAUCCGUCAUCGCCUAUACCUUGCUUUUGUGCGGUGCCACUUGGGGUUGGACUUCGGCUGAAGAGUCCAGGAAUCACAGACUUUCGUCCCUAUGAAGAUGCCUUUGAUAUCAACUUAACCUCUUUGCUGCAACUGUUUCUCUAUCAGAUAAAUAUCGAACACUACAUAUGGGAAGUUGGUCCAAGGCUAAAUAUGCAUAUGAAGUUAUUUCCAAGUAAUUCAAGUUUAUUCAAUACAUCUGAGAUUGUGCGACUCAGACACAUACUUGCUGGCUGGGAAAUUACUCUUUCUGAUGUGUUUGGUCCAUAUGAGCUUCUCAACUUCACACUAGGUUCCUAUGCAGAUGAAUUUCCAAAUGCAGCUUCAACAGGUUUAAGCAAGGCAGCACUGGGCAUUAUCUUGGCAGGCUCAAUAGCUGGUGCUAUUGCACUGUCCGUGGUAGCCACCACCCUCAUAGCGAGAAGGCGUUCAAGACAUAGAACAGUCUCGAAGCGUUCAUUGUCAAGGUUUUCUGUCAAAAUUGAUGGUGUCAGAUGCUUCACAUUUGAUGAAAUGGCUAUAGCCACAAAUAAUUUUGAUCUAUCAGCCCAAGUUGGCCAAGGAGGUUAUGGAAAAGUCUACAAAGGUAUUCUAGCUGAUGGAGCAAUUGUAGCAAUCAAACGAGCACACGAGGAUUCUCUUCAAGGUUCAAAGGAGUUCUGCACAGAAAUAGAGUUAUUAUCAAGAUUGCAUCAUCGCAAUUUGGUUUCAUUGGUUGGCUAUUGUGAUGAAGAAGAUGAGCAGAUGCUUGUUUAUGAAUUCAUGUCAAAUGGUACUUUACGUGAUCAUCUUUCUGCCAAGUCCAAAAGACCUCUUAGUUUUGGUUUGAGGAUGAAAAUCGCAUUGGGUGCCGCAAAAGGAAUUUUGUAUCUACAUACUGAAGCAAAUCCACCUAUAUUCCACCGUGAUGUGAAGGCCAGUAACAUUCUGUUGGACUCUAAAUUCGUUGCAAAGGUAGCCGAUUUUGGUCUGUCAAGGCUUGCUCCAGUGCCGGAUGUCGAAGGGACAUUGCCAGCUCACGUCUCCACUGUUGUUAAGGGCACCCCGGGCUACCUUGAUCCGGAGUAUUUCUUAACUCACAAAUUGACAGACAAGAGCGAUGUCUACAGCCUUGGCGUUGUUUUUCUUGAGAUGUUGACCGGGUUGAAGCCAAUUGAGCAUGGUAAAAACAUAGUGAGAGAGGUAAACUCUGCUUGCCAAUCAGGCAGAAUUUCAGAAAUAAUCGACAGCCGGAUGGGCUUGUACCCUCCAGAAUGCGUGAGGAGGUUCCUGUCUCUAGCAACCAAGUGCUGCCAGGAUGAAACUGAUGACAGGCCUUCCAUGUGGGAGAUUGUGAGAGAACUUGAGAUCAUCUUGAGAAUGAUGCCUGAAGAGGACCUGGUUCUGCUGGAAACCUCCGAGACAGACUCGACCGGCGUGAGUAAAUCCUUGUCGGCUUCAGCGAGCGGGACCCUCUUCAUCUCGUCGCAGGUCUCUGGGAGUCUUGAUGCGAGUAGCGGCAUGAUUUCUGGAAGGGUGACUCCUCGAUAAUCAUAGUGUUCUAUGGUGUAAUUCUUGUGAAUACCUGACAGGUUUGUUUUGUACUCCGAUACGGAGGUUCUAACGUUACGGGUCUAAAUUAUUCAGCCGAAUGUAUAGUAGAGACUGGUGUAUGAUACACAGGAUGUCAAGAACGUUAUUGACAUAGCCUUCUUAGCUUUCAGACAUGGCUUUAUGUAAAUGAAUAGAGCUGAGAAUGUUGACAUUUUCGGGUC